AUGUCGGCGCCGGGAGCGCCGGGGGAGCUGGUGCAGCUGAACGUGGGCGGCCGGAGGCGAGUCGGGGAGGCUCAGGCCACGCCCCCUGGCGAGGGAGGGGGGAGGGGGAGACCCACCCUCUUUGGACUCUAUACGGCCGCAAUAGCGGUCGUGGUAACGGGCCCCUCGGCCACCCACUGGGCACAGUUUGCACGGAUUCCCCAGUCGCCCUGGAAACUCACUCCCCUGUGCCUGCCUUGCAGCCUCCUCAGCGGCCGGAUCUCUACUUUGAAGGAUGAAACGGGCGCUAUCUUCAUUGACCGAGAUCCAGAAGUCUUUGCCCCCAUCCUAAACUUCCUCCGGACCAAAGAGCUGGACAUCAGGAAGACCAACGCUUCCCUCCUGCUGCACGAAGCACAGUUCUAUGGGAUCACGCCACUAGUGCAUCACCUCCAGCUGCACGAGGAGCUGGAACGGUCCUCCUGUGGAAGUGUUCUGUUCAAUGGCUACCUCCCACCACCAGUGUUCCCUGCCAAACGGUGGAACCGCCACAGUGUCACAGGUGCACAGCUGGCUGCCCGGCCAGGGAACCCCGGGGAGCGGGCCCUCGUGCGGCGAAGCAACACCAUGCCCCCCAACCUUGGAAAUGCCGGACUUCUGGGACGACUCUUGGAAGAGAGGAGUUCAGGAGCAGGAGCUCCAAAUGAACCUGGCAUGGUGCGCCUCGUCUGUGGGCACCACAACUGGAUCGCAGUGGCCUAUGCGCAGUUCCUCGUCUGUUACAGGAUGAAGGAGACCUCCGGCUGGCAGCUGGCGUUCUGCAGCCCCCGGCUAGACUGGGUGAUCGAACGGGUGGCGCUCCACGCCCGGGUGCUUGGCGGCUCGUUGGGGGACAGCGACAAGAUGGUGGCGGCUGCCUCUUGCCAUGAGAUCCUGCUUUGGGCCGUCCAGCCGGAUGGAAACGGCACCGAGAUUGGCGUCUUCCACUUGGGAGUGCCCGUGGAGGGCCUGUUCUUUGUGGGAAGCCAGCUCAUUGCCACCAGCCACACGGGCAAGAUCGGCGUCUGGAAUGCCGUCACGAAGCAUUGGCAGACUCAGGAGAUGGUCCCGAUCAACAGUUAUGACGCGGCUGGUUCUUUCCUGCUUUUGGGAUGCAACAACGGAUCCAUCUACUAUGUGGAUGUCCAGAAGUUCCCGCUGCGCAUGAAAGACAAUGACCUUCUGGUGACAGAGCUGUACCGGGACCCUUCGGAAGAUGCCAUCACCGCCCUCAGCGUCUACCUCACGCCCAAGAGCAGUAACAGUGGAAACUGGAUUGAGAUUGCCUACGGCACCAGCUCUGGGACCGUCCGGGUGAUCGUCCAGCACCCGGAGACCGUGAGCUCAGGGCCUCAGCUCUUCCAGACCUUCGCCGUCCACCGCAGCCCCGUCACCAAAGUGAUGCUGUCGGAGAGGCACCUGAUCUCAGUCUGUGCCGACAACAACCAUGUCCGCACGUGGACGGUGACUCGGUUCCGGGGGAUGAUUUCGACCCAGCCUGGCUCCACCCCGCUCGCCUCUUUCAAGAUCCUGGCCCUGGAGUCUGCAGAUGGGCACGGGGGCUGCAGCGUCGGCACCGACAUUGGGCCAUUUGGCGAGCGGGACGACCAGCAGGUGUUCCUCCAGAAGGUGGUGCCCGAUGCCAGCAAGCUGUACGUGCGACUCUCCUCCACGGGCAAGAGGAUCUGUGAGGUCUCCUCCGUGGACGGUUCUCCCAUCACGGCCUUCAUGGUGCAGGAGUGCGAGGGGUCCAGCCGCAUCGGCUCCCGCCCACGGCGCUAUCUCUUCACCGGCCACAGCAACGGCAGCCUUCAGAUGUGGGACCUCACCACCGCCAUGGAGAUGGUGGACCAAGUGCCAGACACUGGCAGCCUCUCGAAGGAGGAGCUUCUGCAGGAAUUAAAGCAGUGUGACUUGGCUCUCGGCCACACCCCGGAGGCCAGCCCGGUUGGGACUUUCGACCCCUCACGGACCCUGAGCACGGCCAGCAACAGCAGCCCCCAACUUCAAAAUGCCAGCCGGGCACAAGAGAGAGCAGCCGCCGGCUCCCCAGCCCUCCCGUCUCGUUCGGGUCCUGAGAACCGAGCCCCAUGUGAUGUGCAGCGAGGGGGCCUUGACAGAAGACGCCUGGGGGGGAGCUUCGUCGAGCGAUGCCAGGAGCUGGCCCGGUCCUCGGAGGGCCAGUGGGUCAGCCGCUCCAGGGAGCCGGGGGGCAGAGGCAGCCGACGUGGGCGCCCCCCUGCUGGCCCGCCAAGUCAGAGAGCUCCCAACCCGAGCCCAGCCUCUGCAGAGCCCUCUUUCCCCCUGGCCCCCUCCCGGCUGCGGCUCAGCGAGACCUCUUUCUGAGCCCCUCUGUGGGGGCCAAGGGGGCCCGGCAGAGAGCUGGGGGCCAGUGUGUGCUGCUCCCCUCUGCCCAUAGGGCACCCCGGGUGCUUACUGUCCAUGCGUGCUGGGUGCCAUAACGUAUGAGUCGUGCCAAGGCAGCCCACCGUUCACGCCAAGCUCUUGAGCAAACCUGUGCCGGUGGCUUGCUGCUUCUUCCCUCUUUCCCUCCUACGGUAAUGUGCUGUGUUCCUCUGUCCAUCCCACACACACACAAACACACACUCAACACACACGCAUAUACACACCACUUUCUAGGCCACAUAAGCCCCCUCCCUUCCAGAAGGGACUUCCAUGUUUCUCAGGGUCCCCGUCCCCCAGGGCGCUGGGCGCUUUUCUCCCGUGCGAGGGAUUUUGCACAAGGUCUGGGCCAGCCCGGUGAGUUCCUAAGGGGCCCUCGGUGGAGAUUCCCAGGGUCUGGCCCCCUCCCCUAUAUUACCCAAAAAGCCAAAGCUGUCUCUGAGCAAUAAGACCGUCCAUGCUGGGCGAUGAAGUUGCAGCACUGAAGUAUUCCUUUUCUUCUUCUUCUUCUUUUUGUAUCGGUCUGAGACCGGCUAUAAUAAAUAAACACAGUGGAAUAGGGA